GGUUCCCCGUUAGGUCCCGGCGCCUGCGCUCUGAAAGGCUCCGGGCCUCCCGGCCUGAGAGAGAGGAGCAGGGAAGAUGGCGGCCGUGGUGGAAAAUGUAGUGAAGCUCCUUGGGGAGCAGUACUACAAAGACGCCAUGGAGCAGUGCCACAAUUACAAUGCCCGCCUCUGUGCCGAGCGCAGUGUGCGCCUGCCUUUCUUGGACUCACAGACCGGAGUAGCUCAGAGCAACUGUUACAUCUGGAUGGAAAAGCGACACCGGGGUCCAGGUUUGGCCUCUGGGCAGCUGUACUCCUACCCUGCCCGGCGCUGGCGCAAAAAGCGGCGAGCCCACCCUCCUGAGGACCCGAGACUUUCGUUCCCAUCUAUUAAACCAGACACAGACCAGACCCUGAAGAAGGAGGGGCUGAUCUCUCAGGAUGGCAGUAGUUUAGAGGCUCUGUUGCGCACCGACCCCCUGGAGAAGCGAGGCGCCCCAGAUCCCCGAGUUGAUGAUGACAGCCUGGGCGAGUUUCCUGUGACCAACAGUCGAGCACGGAAGCGGAUCCUAGAACCGGAUGACUUCCUGGAUGACCUCGAUGAUGAGGACUAUGAAGAAGAUACUCCCAAGCGUCGGGGCAAGGGGAAGUCCAAGAGUAAAGGUGUGGGCAGUGCCCGCAAGAAGCUAGACGCUUCCAUCCUGGAGGACCGAGACAAACCCUAUGCCUGUGACAAUAGUUUCAAACAAAAGCAUACCUCGAAAGCGCCCCAGAGAGUUUGUGGCAAACGUUACAAGAACCGACCAGGCCUCAGUUACCACUAUGCCCACUCCCACUUGGCUGAGGAGGAGGGCGAGGACAAGGAAGACUCGCAGCCACCCACCCCCGUUUCCCAGAGGUCCGAGGAGCAGAAAUCCAAGAAGGGUCCCGAUGGAUUGGCCUUGCCCAACAACUACUGUGACUUCUGCCUGGGGGACUCAAAGAUCAACAAGAAGACAGGACAACCCGAGGAACUGGUGUCUUGUUCAGAUUGUGGCCGCUCAGGGCAUCCGUCUUGCCUCCAGUUCACACCCGUGAUGAUGGCAGCAGUGAAGACCUACCGCUGGCAGUGCAUCGAGUGCAAAUGCUGCAACAUCUGUGGCACCUCCGAGAAUGACGACCAGCUGCUCUUCUGUGACGACUGCGAUCGCGGCUACCACAUGUACUGUCUUACCCCGUCCAUGUCUGAGCCUCCUGAAGGAAGUUGGAGCUGCCACUUGUGUCUGGACCUGCUGAAGGAGAAAGCUUCGAUCUACCAGAACCAGAACUCUUCUUGAUGCGGUCACCUGCCCUGCUCCCCCCAUACACCUAGGGCUGUUUCUCUCUUGUUUUUCAUACCCGCCUUUCCCUUCCUCCUCUUUCACAAGUCCAGAGAACCUGGGGGUGGUCAUGCCCACCUGCCUUUGGCAGCAGCAGGCUGAGGUGGCAGCUCUGACUGCCUCUGGCCCCAGGCCCUCAGGGAGAACGGACCAGCACACUGCCCCAAGGUGUACCUGUGGGCCCAGCUUCUCACGGCUCUUCAUGAACUGCAUUCACUCUGCCUGCCUUGGGCCCUGGCCCUGGUGACCACAGGGUUCCAACUGUGUCCUCAGAGAAAGAGUGGGGGUGAGAAAGAGUGGGGGUGCAUCUCACUUCUCUCUCAGCUUUGCCUCCACUUUGGUCCCCCAGAGGUGGGCCAGGCAGAGGCUUCUUUACCAGGAGUAGCGGAGAGUGAGCGACUGAGCAAGCUGAGGUGCCGCUUGCAGGAGCUUUCCAUGCCCUUCCUGCUGCUUCGCCUCACCGUCUCCUUCCUCCAGAGUGGCUGGCUCCCCACAGCCCUCUGUUCCUGCUACCCAGGAUCCUUUGCCCAAGCUAGGAUGCUCUUGGUCACCCUCUGGGCUCUGCCCUGUCCCACGCCAGGGGGAGUAGCAGCUUCACCCUGAUUCUUCCUUGUGCUCGCCUGGCUCACUCUCACAGGUGGUCUCUAGUGACCACAGCAUUCCCCACCCUUGGAAUUUCCUGUCUCUGCCUCCCCUCCUUAUUCCCUUAGAUUUUGUGGGGAGAGGGGAAGCAUCAGGGGGCCAGGCCAGCUGCUGCUUGGGGGUCACAGGGAGACGUUGGAUAAUGUGCCUGUUUUUUAACUCGAUGAAAAAGCCUACCUCCGAAAUCCCCAUUUUGUUUUUCCUGGACCUGGGCGUUCAGCUCCUGCCCUUAACUGGGGCCUCUGCCUCCUGCUCUGUGAAUCCUGGCUCCUGGGUCACAGGGAAGCCACAUACAUGUCCCUUUCUUCCCUUGCACGCUCGCUAGCAGCUGGUAAGGUCUUCACACCCUGAUUCCUAAGUUUUCUGCCUGGUGACACUGACAUUAAGUAGGAGGGACACUCCAUGCCAGGACACCCUGGAGUGGCCUUCCCCUUGGCCAUGGGCAGACCCUAAUUCACUGUCACUUUAGAGCUUUUUUUUUUUUCUCUUCUUUCUACCUUUCUUCCUCCCUCCUCCUCUCUUCUCUCUCUCUCUCUCUCUCUCUCUGUCUCUCUCAAACCCCCUCCCCCAUUCCUAUAUCUAAACAUUAGUACAAAUAAACGUUUUUACAUAGA